CAGUCCGUAGCCAACAGCUUGAAAUUUAGUUCAGAAAGCAGAGUUGCCUAAUUGUUUCCUCCUUCUUCUUCUCAGAGAUAUUAAUUGGAUUCUUCAGGAGAGAUGGGGAAGGUUGGCACAAGGUUGCCAAGUUUCUGCCUGAAAAGGAUUAGGCCUCAAGUUAGAGUUCGAUCACCGCCUAUACAAUCCAAGGUUAAUGUGAAUAUUUCUACUACUACGGCUCCUACAAAUUAUCAGAACACUACUAGUGAGAAUGUAGCUGGAAAUACUUCUGGAGAAGAGAAGUCCAGCGAGGGAGUAAAGCCCUCGAUUGGCAGGAAAAUCAUGAUAGUGGUUGAUUCAAGCUUCGAAGCCAAGGGAGCUCUGCAAUGGGCACUCUCUCACACUGUUCAAAGCCAAGAUCUUCUCAUUCUUCUUCACGUAGCCAAGCCUUCCAACAAACAAGCAUCCACAAGUGAAGAGUCCAGUCCAAGGGAUUAUGAACUAGUAAACUCCUUGAAGAAUAUGUGCCAAAUGAAGAGACCUGAGAUACAAAUAGAGAUUGCAGUGGUGGAGGGAAAGGAGAAAGGUCCAUUAAUAGUGGAAGAGGCAAAAAGGCAAGGGGUGGCACUUCUGGUUCUAGGGCAGAAGAAGAGAUCAAUGACAUGGAGACUGAUAAUGAUGUGGGCAAGUAAUAGAGUCACAGGUGGUGUGGUGGAAUAUUGCAUACAAAAUGCUGAUUGCAUGGCCAUUGCAGUAAGGAGGAAAAGCAGAAAACAUGGAGGUUACUUGAUCACCACUAAGCGUCAUAGAGAUUUCUGGCUCUUGGCUUAAAUACCCAUUAAUUUGUUUAUUAAUUUGAUGUCUAAUUUUUCCUUUUUUUUUUCUUUUCUUAAUUAAUUUUCCUGGUUUUGAGAUUCUGUGAUUGCUUGUUGUAACAAUGCUUUGUAAAUAAUAAAGUGCAGUGAGAAAUGAUAAGGGCAUUGGGUUGUGAGUGAAAAAGUGUUUGAGUUUCAUUAUUUAGGG